CCAUUGAGUUGCAAGACUUGACCAAGAUGAAACUGUUCGUAUUCCUGGCCUUGGCCGUGGCCGCAGCUACUGCUGUGCCCGCUCCCGCCCAGAAGCUGACCCCGACGCCCAUCAAGGACAUUCAGGGUCGCAUCACCAACGGCUACCCAGCCUACGAGGGCAAGGUGCCUUACAUCGUGGGUCUGCUCUUCAGCGGCAACGGAAACUGGUGGUGCGGUGGCUCGAUCAUCGGCAACACCUGGGUCCUGACCGCCGCUCACUGCACCAACGGAGCCAGUGGAGUGACCAUCAACUACGGAGCCAGCAUCCGCACCCAGCCCCAGUACACCCACUGGGUGGGCAGUGGCGACAUCAUCCAGCACCACCACUACAACAGCGGCAACCUGCACAACGACAUCUCCCUGAUCCGUACCCCGCACGUCGACUUCUGGAGCCUGGUCAACAAGGUUGAGCUGCCCAGCUACAACGACCGCUACCAGGACUACGCCGGAUGGUGGGCCGUGGCCUCCGGAUGGGGCGGCACCUACGAUGGCAGCCCACUGCCCGACUGGCUCCAGUCCGUCGAUGUCCAGAUCAUUUCCCAAAGUGAUUGCAGCCGCACCUGGUCUCUCCACGACAACAUGAUCUGCAUCAACACUGACGGAGGCAAGUCCACCUGCGGAGGCGACUCUGGUGGCCCCCUGGUUACACACGACGGCAACCGCCUGGUCGGAGUGACUUCCUUCGGAUCCGCCGCUGGCUGCCAGUCUGGUGCUCCCGCCGUCUUCAGCCGCGUCACCGGAUACCUGGACUGGAUCCGCGACAACACCGGCAUCUCCUACUAAGCAGUUGAUGUUCCUUAAUUCUGAGGGGUUUCUUCAAUAAACGAUUAUAGCAAGCAACUCAAGUUCUGUUUUUGGGAUGGGAUUCAGAUGUCUUCUUGCUUAAGUAAUGAAAUCAAUAAAAUAUUUCCAAGUGAAGGGAAAUAUAUUAAACUGCAAACGGAAAUAAACUUAUUCCGAUUUCCGAUUUAUGUAUCGGAAAAAAUCAAGCUUUAGGAACACAUAAUGACGAACCAUCGGACUAUAUGCAAAUAUAUAUAUAUGGAUCAUACGUCUUAUUAUUAUGUAUUAUUAUUAUGUAUUGUUUAUAAUUAUUAUGUAUAUUAUGUAUAUAAAAAGCAAACUGGAUUGAAAAUGGUGUAUGUAGAAUAUUGGACUUGUUAUAUUUGCAACAUAAUUAAAGUGCAUAAACAUAAUAU